AUGUACGCUCAGCAGGCGCAGGGCCAGCAGUACCCGCAGCCCGGCACGAACGGCGGAGCGCUCCCCUCUCAGCAGGUCAACGCAUUCGGUACGCAGCAGCCGGGAGUUCACGCGGGCGCGUACGGUCAGCAGCAGCAGGAACAGGGACAGGGACAGGCCGGGAACGCGGGAAACAUGUUUGCGGGACAGGCGGGAGGGCAGCCGUACAGCCAGAACGGAGGUCAACCCUUCGCUUCCGCCAACGCCUUCGCGACAGGCGGAACGUCCAGCGCCCCUUAUGGCGCCGGCAGCCCCGCCGUGUCGACUUCGAACCUCCUCCAGCAGCAACUCGCCGCUCAACAAGCCGCCUUCUCGCAGAAUCCCUCCGCCCAGCAGAACCAGCCCAACCUCGCACAACAGCAGUACAUGCAGAGCAUGCAGCAACAGCAGAUGUAUCAACAGGCGCGGAACGCGCAGCAGCAGCAGCAGCAGUCGUCUCCCUUCGCCAACCCUUCCCUUCCCUCCGACUCUCAACCUCCUUCUCAACCGUCACAAGCCUCACCACCUCCGACCGCUCCGCAACGUCCUCCAGGUCAGACGAUGACCCAACAAGAGGUGCAGAACGCCCUUCGCGGCGUCAACCUAAACGGCAUGACGCAGGAGCGGUUCCAGCAGCUCACGCCCAUCCAGCAAGCCGCCAUACGCGAAGUCAUGAUGUCGCGCUCGCGCGCACAACAACAAGCUUCGCUCGGACUUGGCAUGCCCGGCGCAGGCGGAGUUGCGACUCCGCCUCGUCCUGCCCCGACUCAGCCGAACGGGCUUCCCACGCCCGCGAUUGGCGGGACGCCGUCAGCGCCUGCGCCGCCGCAGACGAACAUCUUCCUGAAGACGCUCACCGAGUUCUACGCGAAGCGGGGCGUGCCGUUCGCUGGUCCGCCGACCGUCGAAGGCCGGACGAUCGACCUUGCGCGGAUGUUUGCGGCCGUUACGCAGGGCGGAGGGUUCAACGGGGUCACGACGAACCGGAAAUGGGGACUUGUCGCUACAGCGCUCAACUUCCCGGCCGCGACGCACGAGCAGCAUCCGCCUGAACGGCUGCAAGCGCUGGCUAGCGCAUACCAACAAACCCUCCUCCCGUUCGAGAUGAACUGGCAGCAGGUGCAGCGCAUGCGAGCCGCAGCGAGCGCAGCAGCAAACGCUUCUUCUCCCAACGGCGUAGCGCCCUCUCCUCUCUCCGCCACGACUCCCGCUCCGUCCCUCCCAGCUCCCGGCACGCCUCAGAACCCCGCCAUGCCUCCUCCGCCUCGCGCAUCCGCCACCCCCGCGCCAGCUGCCGCGCCUUCACCCUUCGCCCUACCGUCUCAACCGCCGACUUCGGCGCCGUCACCCGCCUUGCCAGUCGCGGCCGCCUCGCCGGCCUCUUUCCCCGCCAGCGCUGGUGCGUCACGCCCGACGACCGCUGGUGCAGGUCAGGCGCCGACGAGCGGACUCGCCGAAAGCGUCAAGGUCGAAGGCGCGCCGACUGCCGCUUCGCCUGCUACCGCAGCCGCGUCCACCUCCUCCGCUCCUCCCGCCGCAUCAAGCUCCGACUCGGCGACCAAGCCUGCCGAACCCGCCGUUCCGCAGCGCCGUAAACGCCGACGCAUCGAGUACCGUCCGCUCGCGCGACCUCUCGACACGCAUGGCGGGCAAGACCUGCAACUCGUCGAGCAGGCCUAUACUCGCGCGGAGAAGGCUCGACCGGCACGCAAGUUGCCCGACUUGGGACUCGUCGACGUGCACGGCUUGACGAUGAGCUUGCGGAGCAGGAUGGCGACCGAGGUGGCGUACGCGUUGAACGCCUUGACGCUCAUCUCGUUGCAGAUGACGACGGAGGAGAAGGGCAUGGGAUUGAGGUUCCCGUUCGAGAAGUGUCCUGACUUGCUCGAGGAGCUGCUCGACUUGUUGGAGGAGACGGCGUUUGGACUGGAUGAGGAGGGCGAGGCGCGCGGAGGGUCGGAGACGGCGAAGGGCAAGGAGGUCGCGCAGGAGCCGCAGACGUAUCGCGAGCUCUUUCGGCUCAUCGAGGAGCAGGCAAACGAAUUCGAUCCGCCUCACGCGCGCCCGCACGCCUUGACGGGCGACGACUCGGACUCGGUUCUCCGACCAGGAGAAACGGCGCUGGCGGUGGUCAACGUCCUUCGCAACCUCGCUCUGGCCGAGAACAACGCGCGCUACAUCGCCCAGAACCAGCGCAUCGCCGAGCUCUUCAUCCGAGUCGCCAGUCUCCCGCUCAAGGACCCGUCCGAUCCGGCACCUCCUCGUUGGCCGGCUCGCGUCUCAGCAGCGGACUCGAUGUCGCUCAAAAAGACGGCGAUCGAGCUGCUGAGCCAAGUUGGAGCGGACGUCGAGCUCGACAACCUUUCGCCGUCGACGGCGCAGCAGGCCCUUGACCUCGUCCUCUUCUUCGUCCGCGACGCCGAGCUGCAGCGCGAAUCGUUCGCCUUCGACCUGUCUACCACGCCCUCCAUGAUGUCGCGUAUGCACCAGCCUCACGCCGGGCCGACCACCGCAAUCCCGCCCUACCUCCACCUCGGCCUCUCGGCUUGCGCUCGCCUCGCCCUCAAGGACCGCAACCGCUCCGUCAUCGCCCGCCUCCUGGAUCCCGAAGACCUCUACCGCGUCUUCAUCUCGCUCGUCGCGCUCCUGCCCAUCUCCGAAAAGGACUUCCAGAUCAUGACCUUCGAGACGGGCCUCCUCUUCGUCCACGGCGCCAUCAUGAGUCUGUACAACCUCGCCUUUCUCGCCCCCGCAUUCGUCAAAGCCCGCCUGCGAUCCGACCCGAAGAUCCACAAGAGCCUGUUCCGCAUCGUCCGCCGACUGGCCGGCACGCAGGUCCAGUCGAACGAGGACGACAUCUACCUCUUGCUCGCCAAUCGCUCGAUCGCGAUCCUUCAGCUGCUCGACGACGGCGGCGAGGCUGGCGGCGGGAAGAAGAAGGGUGCGCCAGUCUCGGCUGCGCAGGCGGACUUGCCGUGGUAUGGCAUGUCCAUGUCGGGACUCGACGACGACGAAGGCGGAUCCUCAGACCAUACUGGCGAAGAGGCGGACGAGGAUACGGCGGACAAGGCCAUCGAUGGCGACUUGGCGUCGAGCGAAGCAACCUCGCGACGAAACGGCCGCGAGGCAAAGACGGCGCCGAUCCUCGCUGGCGACUCGCGGCAACUGUACGAGUACUUUGCGUCCUCGUCGAUGCCGCUGGUCUUGCCUUCACUCAUCGCCAUGACGGACGGGACGAGGAGCAGGAAGAGGCGGAAGUGA